AUGCCUCCUUCAGUCCCUGAUCCCCAUGAUCGCUCCAGUGGUACCCGAACUCCAAGGGAAGAUCUCGAUCUCGUGGCUUUCAAAAAAUGGGAGGUCUACAGUGUCGACCUACUCCGUGUCUGGGACUUCGCCAAGGAGGGAUUCAAAGACAUCCCGAAAAAUGUGCGUCUGAGCGAUGAGGCCGCUUUUGCAAUAUCUGUGUUUAUGCCUCGGUCCCUCCGUGCCAUCUAUUAUCCGUACGAUUUCGACUCCCAUGGUGAUCUUCGUGAAUUUCGCAUCGCCCAAGACCCACCUAUGAUCAUCCAGUGCCACGGCAUCAAUUGGUUCCCUGUCUAUCGCGGUGUGAACAUCCUCUGCGGUUCCUGGUGGCCAGCAUGUGGCUGGCUUCGAGGCGUUGAUUUAUCACCCGAAUAUGGCUACACUGUUGGUGAAUAUGCCGCUCCCCCGGAAGCCGUUGAAGCAUGUACGACUCCAUUUCAGCUCAAUAGUCACCAGUUGCGUCCUUCCCCUUCCGGUGUCAGCCCUGACAUGCUUCUUCUGGGCAUUUGUCCUCCUGUCUCCUUGGAGGAUGCUAUUUCCCGCCAGGGCAUCGCUCUCACCAUGGAUAUCGAGCCCCGCCGCAUCGCUGUCAUUGGGUCCAAAGCGACAUACUGCAUUCGGAAUUUGACUAAGAUCAAAGGCUUCCACUACCUUGCCGGCCCUACCUCUGACCCCAAGGAUUCAUCGCAGAGUAUCCACCGGCACCGUUCAUCAAAGAAGGUUGAUCUCCAAAAGGUGUAUGGCGGUCCAUACAAGAAUUUCACUACCACAAAGGCUCAGAAGAAUUGGGAAGGGGAUGCGACUGUUCAAGAUACAUGUUCUGCGGGCUGA